AUGAACUGUUUUCGAGCGUGCAAUAGAUCAAUUCGACUUUUGCGACAACUACCACUCCUUGUCUCACCCUCGCCUCUCACCAGAGCUCCCAGCAGUCCAAUUACUCUCGCCGUGAAACCCCUCUCAAUCCACCGCACGAUGGCCUCCGCAAUGGCUAAGCGCCUCGAGGGCAAGACAAUCCUGGUAACUGGAGCCUCUUCUGGCAUCGGAAAGAGCACUGCCAAGGAAUUUGCGCGCACCUCGCCCAAUGACCUCAAGCUCAUUGUCACUGCCCGCCGUCUUGAAUCACUGAACCAGUUGGCCGCUGAAAUCAAGGAAGAGGUUGGCGCUGGUGUGAAGGUGCUUCCCGUCAAGUUGGAUGUCAGCAACCCUGAGGAAAUCAAGAACUUCGUUCCCUCUCUACCUGCUGAGUUCAAGGAGAUCGAUGUGCUGGUCAACAAUGCUGGACUGGUCAAGGGUGUUGCUCAGGCACCUGAUAUUGCUCCCGAAGAUAUCAAGGUUAUGUGGGAUACGAAUGUCACUGGUCUUAUCAACAUGACCCAAGCCAUUUUGCCGAUCUUCAAGAAGCGUGAUGAGGGUGGCCGUGGCGAUAUUAUCAACAUCGGCAGCAUUGCUGGUCGCGAGCCUUAUGCUGGUGGUGGCAUCUACUGUGCCUCCAAGGCGGCUGUUCGCUCCUUCACCGAGUCUCUGCGCAAGGAGCUGAUCGCGACCCGAAUCCGUGUCAUUGAAAUUGACCCUGGUCAGGUUGAGACCGAGUUCUCUGUUGUCCGAUUCUACGGAGAUAAGUCUAAGGCGGAUGCCGUCUACAAGGGCGUUGAGCCGCUUACCGGUGAUGACAUCGCUGAGGUUGUUGUUUUUGCUGCCGGGCGACGGGAGAAUGUUGUGAUUGCAGACACUCUGGUCUUCCCCAGCCACCAGGCUGGCGCCGGCAUCAUGCACCGGAAGUCAUGA